CAUAACCCCUUGCAUCUAAGGUUCCAGCUUCCUCUCCGUAUCUUAUGGGGGAGCCUCUUUGGAGAUCGAGUAGAGUAUAAACUCCCCAAAAAUGGAAAUGCCAGCUCCUUUAGUUAGAGCCUCAGCCAAAGUUUCUACUUUAGUAUGCACCUCUUCUCUUUCAUGGUGAAAAGUACCCCAGACGACUAAAGCUUCUACAGCCCGCAGCACAGGGAGCCUUCCUUUUAGGGGAGCAUGACUUCCCCUCACUGUGAUUCAGGACUGCCGUCAAUGUUGCCCACUUCUGGGCCUGAGCCCUUCUACCCCUUUGGUCUUGGUGUCUGCCUCUGGCUUUGUAGAUGUGAGCUCCCCCUGGGUCCAAACUGUCUGUCUCUCUGGGUGUGGGCUUCCUUGUGAUGUCAUGUCGUGGGCUGUUUAGCUCCUUUGGGUCUCAGGUACCCAUCUUCUCUUGGUGAAACCUCCUAAGCUCCCACUCUGUCCAUGUUGUUAGGGAGCUCCCAUGGUAGGCAGCUAAAGUCCCCCUUUUUCUAAGUAGUACCUGUGUCUCAGUGCAGGGGCUGUCACCUCUCCCAGGAUUACCCUUCUGCCCUUUUGGUAAGGGUUUUUGAACACCUUUCCCUACUUCUUUCACCACAUGAGCUGUCGCCUGCCUCAGUGUGAGGCUUCUAGCUCUAGCCACACCAGUUAUCUUUGGUGUAUCAUCUCUCCAGGGGCCAAGAACCCACUCCCCUUGGUAUUCAUAUUCAUGUCAGAUCCCUCACUGUGGAUAUGUAAUCUUACCAUCACCAAAAGAACCCACUGAGUGUUAGCAGUUGUAGAACAAGGGUUCACACCUACCCACUUCCCACCCUGCUGGUACCCAUUAGGAGUAUAAGGCUUCUUAAACCUGAGGUUCUUGUACUGUGAGGUGUGGGCUUUUCUCUCUGGGAUUUGCUUUCUCUAGGGUAAGGAAUUUUUCUUGGUCUUGCCUCCCCCAGGGAUAAGGUUCCUGCCUGCCUUGGUAUUGGUAUUAGUCCUUAUGCAUUUGAGGUGUCCGUGGUCUGUGUGUGUCCCCAUUAUGAGGGUAAACACCCUUUUUAGAUGUAGGUGCCCUCAGCUAAUGCUACCAAUCUCUCUCAUGAUUUCACACUCUAUGGGACAAAGGCAAAGGUUCCUUUCUGUGGGGAUUUAAGGCACCUGAGACUUGAGGGAGCGAGACCCUGGUGUAGUCACCUUCUCUGGGAUUAAAGGUUCCUCUGGUGUUCCAAGGUGGGGAUUCCCAGUUCUCCACCCUUGGUAUUGGGCCUCUCAAUGGGGAGAUAACUAUCUAUACCCCAGGACUUAACACAUCCACCUUCCAGAGCCUCUGUGUGGCUGAGUCAGCAGCCUCCCCUGGAUUGAGGAUCACCCUCCAACAUACUUCCUAGAGCUCCAGGCCAUUGAGGCGGAAGCUCUCUUAGAUCAAAGGCACCUCAGACAUGGUACCAGACCUCUGUGGGCAUGUGAUAGCCCCCAGUAUUAGGGACUGCUUGUGUUAGCUCCCCAGGACUUGAGCCUUCUACCCUCUCCUGCCCUUCUCAAGUCUUUUUGUGUGGUGGUGCCCUCUCCCCUGAGGUGAAGCUGGGGGGCACUUUGUUAUUGGCUUUGGCCCAUCAUUUUAGGUGUUGGUUCCUGUGGGUCUGGUGUACUGCUCAGCCUACCCACGCCUUUUAGCUCCUUCCUUGCGUGGAUUUGCUUUCCUCUUGGACAAAGGAUCCUCUUAGCAGCGUCCGUCUCCAAGAGAGUAUGAAGAGAGUGCGUCUGUAGGGCAGGGAAGAUGGCGGACAAGCGCAAACUCCAAGGUGAGAUUGAUCGCUGCCUCAAGAAGGUGUCCGAGGGUGUGGAGCAGUUUGAAGAUAUUUGGCAGAAGCUCCACAAUGCAGCCAACGCGAACCAGAAAGAAAAGUAUGAGGCUGACCUAAAGAAGGAGAUUAAGAAGCUACAACGGCUGAGGGACCAGAUCAAGACAUGGGUAGCGUCCAACGAGAUCAAGGACAAGAGGCAGCUUAUUGACAACCGCAAGCUCAUUGAGACGCAAAUGGAACGGUUCAAAGUUGUGGAACGAGAGACUAAGACCAAAGCUUAUAGCAAGGAGGGCCUGGGUCUGGCCCAGAAGGUGGACCCUGCCCAGAAGGAAAAGGAAGAGGUUGGCCAGUGGCUCACGAAUACUAUCGACACCCUAAACAUGCAGGUGGACCAGUUUGAGAGUGAAGUGGAGUCACUGUCGGUGCAGACACGCAAGAAGAAGGGCGACAAGGAUCAGAAGCAGGACCGGAUUGAGGGCUUGAAGCGGCACAUCGAGAAGCACCGGUACCACGUGCGGAUGCUAGAGACCAUCCUGCGCAUGCUGGACAAUGACUCCAUCCUCGUUGACGCCAUCCGCAAGAUCAAGGACGAUGUUGAGUACUAUGUCGACUCAUCCCAGGACCCUGACUUCGAGGAGAAUGAGUUUCUCUAUGACGACCUGGACCUAGAGGACAUUCCACAGGCGCUGGUCGCCACCUCCCCCCCCAGCCACAGCCACAUGGAGGAUGAGAUCUUCAACCAGUCCAGCAGCACACCCACCUCGACCACCUCCAGCUCUCCCAUCCCGCCCAGCCCAGCCAACUGUACCACGGAAAACUCCGAAGAUGAUAAGAAGAGAGGACGCUCAACAGAUAGCGAAGUCAGCCAGUCUCCAGCCAAAAAUGGCUCCAAGCCUGUCCACAGCAACCAGCACUCUCAGUCCCCAGCUGUGCAGCCCACCUACCCCUCCGGCCCCCCGCCUGCUGCCUCUGCCUUGAAUACCACCCCUGGCAACAAUGGGGCCCCUGCCCCAGCAGCACCCCCAAGUGCCCUGGGCCCCAAGGCCAGUCCAGCUCCCAGCCACAACUCGGGUACCCCUGCCCCCUACGCCCAGGCUGUGGCACCCCCGGCCCCCAGCGGGCCCAACACCACCCAGCCCCGGCCCCCCAGUGUCCAGCCUAGUGGGGGAGGCAGCGGAGGUGGUGGAGGCAGCGGAGGAAGCAGCAGCAGUAGCAACAGCAGUGCCGGCGGAGGUGCUGGCAAGCAGAAUGGCGCCACCAGUUACAGCUCAGUUGUGGCAGACAGCCCGGCAGAGGUGGCUCUGAACAGCAGUGGGGGCAACAACGCCAACAACCAGGCUCUGGGACCCCCUUCCGGCCCUCACAACCCACCUCCCAGCACCUCAAAGGAACCCGGUGCAGCAGCUCCAACUGGGGCUGGGGGUGUGGCCCCAGGCUCAGGGAACAACUCAGGGGGACCCAGCCUCCUCGUGCCGCUGCCUGUGAAUCCCCCCAGCUCCCCAACACCCAGCUUCAGCGAGGCCAAGGCAGCCGGUGCCCUGCUCAACGGACCUCCGCAGUUCAGCACUGCCCCGGAGAUCAAGGCCCCCGAGCCUCUGAGCUCCUUGAAGUCCAUGGCAGAGCGGGCAGCCAUCAGCUCUGGCAUUGAGGACCCUGUGCCAACGCUGCAUCUGACUGAGCGAGACAUCAUCCUGAGCAGCACGUCAGCACCUCCAGCCUCCGCCCAGCCGCCCCUGCAGCUGUCAGAGGUGAACAUACCGCUGUCACUGGGUGUGUGUCCCCUGGGCCCUGUACCUCUCACCAAGGAGCAGCUCUACCAGCAGGCCAUGGAAGAGGCCGCCUGGCACCACAUGCCCCACCCCUCUGACUCCGAGCGGAUACGGCAGUACCUCCCCCGGAACCCCUGUCCGACGCCCCCCUACCACCACCAGAUGCCGCCCCCACACUCGGACACCGUGGAGUUCUACCAGCGCCUGUCAACUGAGACACUCUUCUUCAUCUUCUACUAUCUGGAGGGCACUAAGGCACAGUACCUGGCAGCCAAGGCCCUGAAAAAGCAAUCAUGGCGAUUCCAUACCAAGUACAUGAUGUGGUUCCAGAGGCACGAGGAGCCCAAGACCAUCACGGAUGAGUUCGAGCAGGGCACCUACAUCUACUUUGACUACGAGAAGUGGGGCCAGCGGAAGAAGGAAGGCUUCACCUUUGAGUACCGCUACCUGGAGGACGACCUCCAGUGACACCGGCCCUCCUUCCACCCAAUCCCUCCCCCGCAUGCUGAUCCCCUGCCCAGGUGAGGCCCUGCCCUGGAAGACUGGGGAGGCCCCAAGCAUGGGGCAUCCCCCUCUCCCGGGAAGUAGGGAGGGGCUGGGAGGCUUUCUCUUCCUCUCAGCCCGCCCGGGGCCCGGGCGAGGGCUGCCCCUCC